GUUCAAAGAUUUUCACGCCAAGCACGAAGCAAUAUUGUGCAGCACGUAAAAAAUGUUAUUCAUACUGAAUUCCUAGAUCUAGUGAAGCCCAAAACACAAAAUUGGCCCAUUAACAUGGAUGAUCUAUACUAUACCUAUCUUAAUCUAAUUAUUAAUCAUUCCUUUGCGAAUCCAAAUAUAGAAAAAAACUCCAUUGUAUUUGGCAUGGCUAUUGCACUAAACUACCUUGAUCUCUCAAAAGAGAUUAAUAUUGUACCAAGUAAAGUAGUCAAUAGAAUGAAUUAUAUUUUUGAAAAGAUGAAUAUUGCAGAUCAUGAAGAAUU